AUGCUCGACGUACUUCUCAAGAGGUCAGACAAUCGAUCCUUGCCGACCACGUCAGGGAACGACUACGUAACUGUGCGGUCCAAUAUGUUGCGCCACCUGGUAGGCGCAUCUGACGACCAAAAUAAUACCGCUCGGCGUAGUAUAAGAAAACUCACCAAUACUGUGCGAGUCUUGGUCGGUCACACGCACUUCGUCACAUCUGUUGCCUUCUUCUCCGACAGUACGCGUGUCGUCUCUGGCUCCGCGGAUGGAAGAAUCCGCAUCUGGAGCGCCGUGGGAAAAAGUACGCCGAAGGUGCUCGAUAGGCACGCCGAUGGCGUCACUUCUGUUGCCUUAAACGCCCUCAACAAGCUGGUCAUUUCGGGCUCAGAAGACACGACAGUCCGGAUCUGGAGCGCGGAAAGCGCACAGCAACUGAGUUUGCUGAAAGCACACGAGAAAGCGGUCACCUCGGUCGCCUUCUCUCUGGAUAGCUUGCGUGCCAUUUCAGGCUCUGAGGACGGCACUGUCAGAAUGUGGGAUGUGGAGAAGGGGCAGGAGCUCAAGCUAUUCCAAGAGGACCCCUCGCCGGGAGAGACACUUCGUGUGAGUACGGUCUGGUCUGUUGCAUUCUCCCGAGACGGCAAACGUAUCGUCGCGGGGUCGGCGGACAAGACGGCCCGCAUCUGGGACGUUGAUUCGAAGAACAUGGCAGGGAAGGACAAGGCGGAAGAAGCGGACAAGACGGCAGAGGCGGACAAGACGGCAGAGGCGGACAAAGUGACCGAGCCCGAGAAGGUGACGAAGCCUCAAUUGAAGUUUGCAGGGCACGGCGGCGCGGUUACUUCAGUCUCGUUCUUUCGCGAACGUGAACAGAUACUUGCGUGCUCGGCGGAUAAGCUCAUCAGAGUGUGGGAUACAGAGCCUGGAAAGGGGGGAAAGCCGGUGAAGACUUUCAAAGGGCACAACGGAGCAGUCCGUUCUGCAGCUCUCUCCUUGGACGAUAAGCUCAUCGCUUCUGGAUCUGUGGACAAAACAGUGCGAUUAUGGGACGUGGAGACAGAGGAGAUGGUAGGUCAACAGUAUGAAGGACACGCUGAUGCGAUUUAUUCCGUCGCGCUCUCCCCUGACGGAAAAUGUAUUGUCUCGGGUUCAGGCGACAAUAUGAUCCGUAUCUGGGAUAUUCUGCAGGACCCAGUGUAG